GCACGUCCUGACGGCCAUGGCAUCGCGAGUUUCCCACUCGAUCGCGCCGGUGGCGGUCGAGCUCCCUCCAGCACCAUCCGUGUCGCGGGGAGAUUGCCAAGAGACACCGGGCCCGCCCCGAACCGGCUGGCUCUCUCGGCUCGGGUGAAAACGCACGACCGCACGCGCCUCGUCGUUUCUCUCGUCUUCCGCCACCGACGCUUCCCGUGAUCAGAAUCCGGGAAAUGGCAGGUCCACCACGCGCGUCGCGGGGCCUCGCCCUCCUCUGCUUCCUGUUCUCGUGCGCCGCGCUCGCGGCGCCGCGCGCCGGAGCGAGCCGGCUGAGCCGGGAGGACCUCGACGUCAGCCUCGGCAGCGGCGGGGGUGUCGGCAUCGGCAUCGGCAUCGGCGGCGGCGGCGGCGGCGGUCAGGGAGGCAGCAGUGGCAGCAGCCCGGCGCCGUCGCCGUCGGGUCCGCGGGCGUGCGACUUCGAGAACGAGCGGCUGUACCGGGCGUACCUGGUGAUCCAGCAGUUCAGGCAGACGGUGACGUGCGACCCCAUGGGCAUCACCCCGAGCUGGAGCGGCACCGACCUGUGCUCCAGCUACAAGGGCUUCUUCUGCGAGCGGCCGCCCAACGUGACGGACCGGACCAUCGCGUCUGUCGACUUCAACGGCUACAUGCUGCGCUCCGACUCCCUGCAGGGCUUCAUCAACAGCCUCCCGGACCUGGCGCUGUUCCACGCCAACUCCAACGACUUCGGCGGCGCCGUGCCGGCGCUCGGCGGCCUGCAGUACUUCUACGAGCUGGACCUGAGCAACAACAGGCUCGCGCCGGCCCCGUUCCCGACCGACGUGCUCGGCCUCACCAACGCCACCUUCAUCGACAUCAGGUUCAACAGCUUCUACGGCGAGCUCCCCGCCGGCGUCUUCUGCAGGUUCCCGCGGAUCCAAGCCAUCUUCGUCAACAACAACCAGUUCUCCGGCAGCCUCCCGGACAACAUCGGGCAGUCGCCGGUGAACUACCUCUCCCUCGCCAACAACCGGUUCACGGGGGAGAUACCAACGUCCAUCUCCCGCAACGCCGGCACGCUCCUCGAGGUGCUCUUCCUGAACAACAGCCUGAGCGGGUGCCUCCCCUACGAGCUGGGCCUGCUGGAGAAGGCCACGGUCAUCGAUGCCGGCACCAACCAGCUCACGGGCACCAUCCCGGCGUCGUUCGCGUGCCUGCGCAAGGUUGAGCAGCUCAACCUGGCGGACAACCUCCUGUACGGCGAGGUGCCCGACGCGCUCUGCCGGCUCGCGUUCGGCCGCCUCAAGAACCUCACGCUUUCCGGCAACUACUUCACGUCGCUUGGUUCAUGCUGCUGGGACCUGAUCAAGGAGGGGAGGCUCAACGUCGACCGCAACUGCAUCCAGUGGGCGCCCAACCAGCGCUCGCACGAGGAGUGCGCCAAGUUCCAACGCCAGACCAAGUCCUGCCCCGUCAACAGCUACCUGCCGUGCCGCCCCAAAUACCGCGGCUCCGGCGAGCCAGCCGGCGCGGCCGCACGGGCGGCGGCGGAGGAGGAGGACGCGGCGGCGGAGUACAGGUACCGGACGUACUCGGCUCUGCAUCCUUGAGGGCCCAACCCGGGGCUGCACAGGUUGAAAAGGCGCGGAGCGCGCUGUGCGUCUCGCGUGACCCGUGAAACGACUGAUGAGUCGAUCGCUUGGCCCGUUGUGUUCGACGGGUUGUAUUGGUGUGUCGUGUGUCCCUGUCUGUCUAUGUUCUCCUUCUCUCUGAUAAUCCAUCCACUAUUUAUUACGGCCCACAUAAUUCAGAUGCACCAUGCAUGAUGUGA